AUGUCGUUACAGACACCCCGGCAACGCGGCUUGCAACGACCGUCCUUUGGAAACACAAACACCGCCUCCUCCCCAUCGCUGCGGGCCUCGACGACCGCCGAUGUGAACCGCAAAGCCAGUCUGCGCACCUUGAAUGGCAACCAGACUCCUACGGGAAAGAUGGACGGCGGAGAACUGGAAGUUGGCGACACAGUCAACGUACCGGGCGAUAUGUACGGAACAGUCAAGUUCAUUGGCAAUGUGAGGGGCAAAAAUGGCAAGUUUGUGGGUGUCGAGUUGGACAGGGAGUUUGCUGCUAGGGGAAAGAAUGACGGAGAUGUCGACGGCGUACAUUACUUCAACACGUCGAUCCCAGGCGCUGGUAUCUUCCUGCCUAUUCACCGCGCCGAGAAGCGCCAUUCACCUACCGGCUCGAACGUCGACUCAUUUCCUGGGACACCCAAUACACCUUCAUAUAGCACGAUCAACGGCCAGAGGACUGGCUCCGACGAGGCUUUUGCGCCGCAAAGGUCUGCCUUGAAGUUCUCCCAAUCGGUGGGACCAGGAGCCGCGAGACCAUCAAGCCCAACUUUCAAGCCUAAGAGACCCUCGUUGCCUCGACCUGAAUCGCCAUUCAGAAAGCAGCCACCGAAUCUAGCCCCGACCCCUGCGAGAACCCUGUCGACCAGCACACGAGGGACCCCGCGAGCGGGCUUCAACUCUGCCAACACCCCGAGCAAGAACAACCUCAAGACCUCCACAUCUCGACCCUCCACGGCUAAUGGCCCUGCAAGACCGUACUCGCGCACUGGGUCUCGAUUGGGCCACCGGCAAGACACUGUCGCGGAAGAAGAGAGGACACCGGUGGGAGUGGCAACCACCAGCAAUGGCCGAACCACUAGCUCAGGCUCAGUGCCAUCCUUCUCACAGCCCCUUCGCUCAGGCUCGCGUCUUGGCAGUGCGGGUGGUCAAGAUGAGGAAGUCUUGCGGCUAAAGACGGAACUGGCAGAGCGCGACAAGAGGCUGGCCGAGCAAGCUGCGAAUCUUUCAGACAUGGAGGCCAGUGUCAAGGAGCUUUCGGCCUUGAUUCCUACCGAGACCAGCAAGAUGCCCGCAGAAAUCACGGGCGACGAGUCGACAGGCCAGCUUCGACAAAUACUGCGCGAGAAGAACGAGAAGAUUACCAUCUUGACAUCUGAGUUUGAUGCACAUCGUGCUGACUUCCGCAGCACGCUCGACUCCUUGGAGAUGGCAAGCACAGAGACUGAGCGUGUAUACGAAGAGCAGAAGCGCGACCUUUUGGCACAGGUUCAGGAGCUUUCGGAACGAAAUCAGGAGUUGGAGGACAUGAAUCAGAACAAAAAAGAGUUUGACGAUGUGGCGCGGCAAUUGAAACAGCUGGAAGACUUUGUGCAAGAGCUCGAGGAAGGCCUGGAAGAUGCGAGGAGGGGCGAGGCAGAGGCAAGAGGAGAGGUGGAAUUCCUUCGUGGAGAGGUUGAGCGAGGACGAUCAGAACUCAAGAGGGAGAGGGAGAAGGCCGCGUCUGCAGUGAACGGAUCGAGCUCAACGAAGGAAUUGGAGCAGAAGGAGGACGAGAUCAGGGGAUUGAAGGCCAUCAUCCACUCGUUUUCAACGAGUCCAGACGCGACCAGCCCGAACGGGUUCAACGCCUCUGACGAGCUGCAGAGGUUGCAAGGUGCACUCACCGAGAGCCAGAAGCAACGGGAACAACUCGAGGCUGAGCUUGAGCAACUUCGAAGAGACAGCGCCAUGUCCAACGGCCACCACGCCCGCAACGAAAGCGAAAUGACUGCGACCGCAAACAACGCAAUAUAUGUCCGCCCGCGAGGCAACACACUCAAGGCCACCUUCGCCGAGCAUGCCGCCAGACGCAUUGCAGCGGAUGGGGAAGGCAAUGGCAUAACGAGAUCCACCAACGGCGCGCUCUUCUGCGAGAUGUGCGAAUCCAGCGAGCACGAUACACUCGACUGCACGCAGUUCCAACAGAACCACGACACGACCUCGACGGAGGACUCUGAGGCUGGCGGUAGGGACGUCGUCGAGGUAGAGAAGCCGUUGCCCUUGAGCCCUGGGAAGGAGAAUGAGGGCGUGAAGGCUACGAAGGAUGGCAAGACGGAGGACAAAUGGUGUGCGCUCUGCGAGAAGGAUGGGCAUCUGGCGUAUGAGUGCCCCGAUGAGCAGUAUUAG